AUGAUUGACAAUAUGGUCAACCACAACUCUGAUUUCAUCAGUUAUUAUGUUCCUUACUUCUCUUCGUCUCCCCUGCCCUCCUCCUACUUCUUCACCUCCUCGUCCUCUGCCUCGUCCUCUUCCUCAUCCUCUUCCUUCUUCGCCUCCUCGUCUUUGUCCUCCUCUUCUUCUUUUAAUUCUCACCCCUCAUACUCUGUGGGUCCAAUGAGUCUGAUGGGUAGCCCCAAGCCUGGCAUGCAUCAAGAAGGCCAUGGAGGAAGAGGAAUGACAGGAAUAGGAGGAGGUGGAAUGGGAGGAAUAGGAGCAAGAGGUGAAAUAGGAGGGGGCACGGGCACUGGUGGAGGAAUAGGAUCCCGAGCUGGUGAGCCCUACCGCCUGGCCGCUCACGAAAGUCCAACUCCCCCCCGACACCUGCAGUCAAGCCUGGGGCUCAGCACUGGGAAGGGCCCAGGUUCUGGCCAUGGGAUGGGUCACGAUCUAGCCGGGUCCAGCAUGGGAGGCCAUGGAGGUCAAAGUCCUGGUCAGCAUGCUUCCCGUCGAAACCUCCAAGUUGACUUCAAUGGUUCCAGGACAGGCUCUGUGUCUCCUGACCACGGAGUGACGCCCACCUCGCCCUACUCUGUGCCGCAGAUUGCACCAAUGCCGAGCAGCAAACUGUGCCCAGUUUGCACCACUACAGAGCUCUCCAACCGACCGACUGGACCCAACUACAACACCUGCACCCAGUGUAAGGCCACCGUCUGUAACCAGUGUGGAUUCAACCCCAACCCGCACCUCACUGAGGUCCAGGAGUGGCUGUGUCUGAAUUGUCAGAUGCAGAGAGCUCUUGGCAUUGAUAUGACCACGCCUCGCUCUAAGAGCCAACAGCAGAUUCACUCGCCUUCCCACCAAGCCAAACACAUUGUCCAGCCUCAGCAAUCUGCACCUCAGCCAACACAGCCAGCAGCAGCACAGCCCAAACGUUUGGCAGAGAGUCAGCCCACCCAGCAGCAGCAGCAGCAGCAGCAGCAGCAGCAGCAGCAGCAGCAGCAGCAGCAGCCCUACAGCGAGAUACAUCCCUACUCCCAGUCCCAGCAGAAUCCCCGAUCUCAGCCCCAGUCAUACCCUGCGACUCAGCCAGGGCCCCAGACUCAACCUCAUACCUCCCCAGGCUUGCAGAGACACGCAGUCCCCGGUGGCCACCAGACUCAGACAGUGCCUUUUCAGCAGGGCAUGAGGUCUGACCUGUACUCCCAGGGAGGUUCAGGAGCUCCAGGAGCUGUCAGAGGUCUCACAGGAGGCCCCAACCAGCCUGGGGGUCCUCGAAUUCCCCACACUGGCGCUGUACCCCUGCCUGGCUUGACCAAGGCACGCUCCCAGUCUGAUUUGGGUGUUGGUUCUCAAAUGUACCAGUCUAAAGAGUGGCGCCUUGAUCAGACCAGAAGCACUGGCUCCUCCCCAGUCCACAGGCCUCAGAGUCAAGCACCUCCUCCUGCCCAGGAUGGCCUGACCAAACUGUUUGGCUUUGGGGCAUCGCUGCUCAAUCAGGCUAGUACCCUGAUCAGUGUUGACCCUCUACCCACCGCCUCCACCCAGCCAAACCCUGCACAAAGCAAGGUGCAGUUCAGUAAUGCAACUCCUGACAACAGGCAGCAACAAGGGGCCCCUGGCACCAAACCAUUUGGUAUGGGUGGCCCUCAACCACAUGCACCAACCCAGAAGCAGAAGACCAUACCCAAUCAACAAGGAAUUCUGCAACAACAGUCGCACACGCAUCAUCAAAAACAAAUGGAAGGACAACAACAUCAGCAAACACCUGUUCAUCUGCAGGAACAGAAGCACGAGCCUGUGGUGGCUCCUGUACCUGCUCCAGAGCCUGUGAAGCCCAAAGUGAACUGUCCUAUUUGUAAAACAGAGCUGAACAUCGGCAGCUCUGACCCAUCCAACUAUAACACCUGUACACAGUGUCACAGCCAAGUAUGUAACCUGUGUGGCUUCAACCCCAUGCCACAUCUGGUGGAGAAAAAGGAGUGGUUAUGUCUUAACUGCCAGACCCAGCGGCUGAUGUCCAUAGGUGACAUCAAUGAUCCUCCACUUCCUGUUCCUCAUCCAUCUCCUAAGCACCAGCCAAUGGGCUCACCCCGUCACCAGGCACCAACCAGUCAGCAAAGCCCUCUCCACAAACCCACCAAUCAGCAGGGUCCCAGGCUUGUCCAGUCGCAGAUGCAGAAAACCCAUGAGGGAACAAGUAGUGGCAGACCGUUUGCACCCACUGCUGCCAAACAACCGACCAAAACCAAGACAAUAACACCAGCAACAGCAUUGGUACCAACCACAGAGACCCAGAAACAGCCGAAUCCCACAGAAGAGAAGUUCAAUACUGAGCCUGAGAACCAUUCCGGCAAAGAGGCUAAACCCUCCCAGAAGAAAGGAGAGCAGAUCACACCGAUCAAGACUAUUAAGAAGUCCAGGCACUAUGAUGAUACUAAAAACAACAGCACCCAUGACUUGUCACGCAGCCCUCAGAGCCUCAGUGACACAGGCUACUCCUCUGAUGGUAUCUCCAGCUCCCAUAGUGAAAUCACAGGUCUAAUCCAAGAAGAGGAGAUGAAACUGAGUGAGAAGGGGAUCAGUGGGCGGGGCUCCCCAUCAAGCCCCUCUGAAAUUACCAGGCUAGGAAGGCCUUUGCUGGAGAAGAGUCUUUCUGAAGAGAAGGUGGACAGAAGGGGUAGGAAGCACAGAGAUUUGGAUGACAGAGGAAAGCAGCGCCCACGCUCCCUGUCAAUCCCUGCUGAUGCAUACGACUCUGAUGAGGACCUACAAGAUAUAAUGGAGGAAAAAGAGGAUGGGGGAGACUGGGAGGGUAAACGGAAGGAAGGGAAGGAGGAAAAGAAGAAGAAAAAGAUGGAAAAAGAGGUAGAGCCUGUAGAGAUGACAGAUGAGGAGUUUAUGAGGAGACAAAUAAUAGAGAUGAGUGCUGAUGAAGAAAAGGAGGAGGAGGAAGAGGAAGAGGAGGAGGAGGAGGAGGAGGAGGAAGAUGAAGGAUAUGGCUACCAGAAAUCCAAGAAAGGCCACCAUAAGCACAUAAUCUCUGACUCAGGGAAAGAGAAGAGACGUCUUCAGCACCAUUCCAGCAGUUUUGAGGAGGAAACAAAAAGCUCUACCGAAGUUUAUAAAGGCUCAGUAGAAGAGGGUGAGGAAGAUAUGUUGGCAUCACAAGGAGGCCUGAGGCGUUUCAAAACCAUUGAACUCAAUAACACCAAUAGCUACAACCGAGACAUUGAGUUGAGCAAUGAAAAUGAUUUGAGCCUUGACCGGGAACCAGAGCUAGAAAUGGAGAGCCUGACAGGAUCUCCUGAGGAGCGUUCUCGGUGUGACUACUCCUCCACUCUGCCAGCCACUUCAUCUUCAUAUGGCUCAGGCCAGUCUCCUACUUCCAUCUCAUCAAUGGAGGAGGACAGUGACAGUAGCCCCAGCAGGAGGCAAAGGCUGGAAGAGGCCAAGCAGCAGAGGAAAGCACGGCACCGCUCCCACGGCCCUCUCCUUCCCACCAUCGAAGACUCUUCAGAAGAGGAUGAGCUGAGAGAGGAAGAGGAACUUCUGAGAGAGCAGGAGAAGAUGAGGGAGGUGGAACAACAGAGAAUAAGGAGCACAGCACGAAAGACCAAGAGGGAUAAGGAGGAGCUGAGGGCUCAGAGGCGCAGAGAGAGGUCCAAGACACCACCUAGCAAUCUCUCACCUAUUGAAGAUGCUUCUCCAACAGAAGAGCUGAGACAAGCUGCAGAGAUGGAAGAGCUCCAUCGUUCUUCUACUUCUGAAUAUUCCCCUCAAAGUCUGGAUUCAGAGGCUGAGGGAUACGAGUCCAAACUUUACAAGUCAGGUAGCGAGUACAACCUGCCUACCUUUAUGUCUCUUUACUCACCAGUAGAGAAAUCAUCAACUACAACAACCACUAGAGCACCAUCUUCAACUUCAAAACCACUAAAGAGUGCUGAGGAGGUUUAUGAGGAGAUUAUGAGGAAGGCAGAGAUGCUUCAAAAACAACAGAAACAACAGCAACAACAAGGAAGACACGGGCAGUACUACGAGGAGGACUUUAAUGGACAAGGUUAUGAUGACGAGUAUGAAUAUGAACAAGAUCAAACAGGAUAUGACAAUGAGGCAGCAAAAACAGAAACAGAUAUUUAUGAGGAAAUCCGACAAACAUCUCAGAACAUCACCAAGAUGCAGCAGGCCACUGAUGAGCAAGUAAAGAUUGAGAUUGAGAUCUCCUACCCAGACAAACAGCUCCUUGACACAGGCCCAGCAUUUGCUAAGUUACUAGAGCAAAGCAAUGCUCUCCUAACUCCAGGGACCAGCCCGACCCAGAUCUCAGCUCCUGUGUCUUUUGCUGAGACUGAAGGACGGAUUGCUGAUGUCCAAAUAACACAGCACAUUUCUGCAAAGGAUGGACAAAAAGACAGGAUCAAAAGCCAAACAAGAAAGAAUGGAAUAACUUCAACAGUGGCUGCCACCACUAUUGCAGCUUAUGGAGUUUAUGCCAGAGAUGCAGUGACCAUUUCUCAGACUACUUCAAGCCACACUAUGACAUCUACUCAGUCAUUUUUAUACAGCAGACACACAGGAAGUCCUGCCACAUCCUCAGCUACAGUCUCAAGUGUAUGCAGCAAGAUUGCAGAGAUUACCCAGGCCUACAGUCAAAGAGAAGUGAUCACCAGAAGGGUAGGGGAGAUCAGGGGUGUCCAAGUGCGAGACAGUUCAACAUCUUCUACUGAGAGGAUUAUUGAGCCACGUUCUCCCAAGUAUACUACUUAUUACAGGAGCACAAGUCCUCCUCUUUCUCCAUCGCCACCACAUCAGAGUCCUACCCGUUCACCUUCCAGAAGGGCUACAGCUGAGUUCUCUACGCAGACUUUUAAUUCAGCAUUACAAUUGGAUUCAGCUGGCUCUGGGUCUCUAGGGAUGGCUCAGGGAACCAGGGAACGGCUCUAUCGACAGCAGUCUUCCCAGGAUGCUCCAUACUCCUCACCUCUGAGCCCAGCUAGGCCAAUGACAGUCAACACGGCUACUUCUCCCCUGUCUUCGCCUACCCGAUUUAGCCGGCAAUUAACAUUUGACACUUACUCCCCGUGUGCCAGCCCUCCUGACACUCCACCUUACCAACAGUCUCCUACACGCAGUUUCUACCGAACACAAAGAGUGGAGAAAAUAAAUGUGGGAACAAGUAUGGUCACCACAGCAAGCACUUACACAAGAGGGUCUGUGUCAAUGGAUAACAUCUCCCUCUGUCGAAUAUCUACAGUCCCGGGUACUUCUAGGGUAGACCAGGGCCAUAUGAUCCAAGGUGGAAGUGUUGUGGAUCUCAGAACAGUCUCAAAACCAGCUCCUUUUAUCAUGACUGACCAGGGAAUGGAUCUCACCUCCUUGGCCACUGAAAGCCGAAAAUACCAUGGUGGAUCAGAGGGUAACAGACAUUCAACGAUUGUACAGCCACUGAUUAUGAACUUAAACACCCAGGUGACCAACACACCAACCACUGUCAGUGUUACUGUGGCUGCUUCCAUGUUCAUGACCCAGCACAAACAGCCAACAGUCUAUUGUGAUCCCCAUCAAAACCGAGUGGAUCUGGGUCAUGGCAUGGGUUCGGCCAUUUGUCUUUCCCAAAACAAACAACCAAUUUCACCUCCAACUGACCCAUCAAUACCAAAAAUUGAUGCCAAACUGGAAGAUCUCAGUGUCCAACAGAGAGAGCUACAAAAGCAACAAGAGAAGCUACAGAAACAACAAGAGCUCCUGGAACAGCAGUUGCAGCAGCAUCAUCAGAUGCAACAGCAGCAGCAACAAGCAUCUACUUUGGCCAGGUACAAUCUUACCAGCCAGAUGUCACCUUUACUGAAAGAAGACUUGGUAGUCAGCCAGGCUAGCAAUGCCUCAGCUGUGGUCAGUGCUGUCUCACCAGUCAUUAAUCCUGAGCUGUUUGGCACUGAUCCCAUUGAGCUGAAAGGGAAGCCCAGUCCUCCUGGCUUGAUGUCAGGAGGUAAAUUACUGCAUAGCAUGGUAGUGCAGAUGGAUGGAGGGCCAGAGCAGGCCAGGCCAGUGACUCAGCUGGUGAAUACAGAAUUAGGACAGGAUGCUAUGGAUCUAGCAGGAGGCCAUAUUAAACCUGACAACCAGCCUGCUUGCUGUGAUGUUUACCGACUUCCAUUUGGAGGAAGCUGUGUUGGUGGUUCUGAGAAAGAGGUAAUAAGGCCUCCAUCUGCCCCACCUCUUACCUAUGAGUCUGACCAAGAAAGACUACCUGGAAGUUACAGUGAGUAUUCAAUGGAUGGACGUAAGGCCUACACAAUACCUUUCCCUGGUAGGCUACAGCCUUCGAUGUCUGAUACAAACCUAGCCAAAGCUGGGGUGCAGUCCUACCAUUCUAAACUAGAACCACACCUCCACGCCUCAGGGGAACUUGCAAUGGAUCUAACUGCUAUGAAACAGACCUAUGGAGGGUAUAUGGGGCUGCAGUAUGGCUCCUAUACAGAUUUACGGCAUGGAGGAGACAUGACAGCUCAAACUCUGCCUGUCAGGAGAUAUAAUUCCUUAUCUAACAUAAGUUCUGACUAUGGAUACUCUGCUCAUGACAUUGCUAGCUUUCAAGAAGCUAACUUGGCUCAGUACAGUGCUACAACUGCCAGGGAGAUCAGCCGAAUGUGUGCCGCACUCAAUUCCAUGGAUCGUUACGGAAGUAACCCAGACUUGAUGCAGUUUGGCAGUUUGGGGAGAGGAACCGGGCCUGGGACCUCCAGACUUGCAGCAGGUCUCGGCAUGAGACAAACCCUCCUCUUUGGUUUAGAUGGGAAACCAAUCUCCCACAGUCAAGCACUAACAAACCUGAUCAAUGCCAGGCAGGCCAGUCUCAGAGCCAUGUACCCUGCUGCUAUUAGGUCCUCUGGUGGGGUGAUCUACUCCACCAUUCAGACCCCAAUAGCUUCUACACUUCCCAUCACAACCCAGCCUGCCUCUGUUCUUCGCCCGCUACUGAGGGGGGUCUACAGGCCAUAUCUCUCUGCUAACAUGACACCUGUGCCCCUAUCUGGUCUUAGCAGACUACCAAUGAGCCCCAGAAUGCCCUUAUCUGGACAAGCUCCAGUCCGUUACACAGCUCCGGGUCUCCAAACAACAUUAACCACUAUCACUACGGCUACUGCUCCAACAACUUCAACACCAGUAGGUGCCCCAACUGUUUCACUAACUACUAGUUCUACAGUCCAGGAUGAACCAGUUUACAUCAGGAGAGGUGCCAUAGUGACCUCUUCAUCAGCAGAGGUCACCUCAGUACAAGGAACAGUUGUCAUACCAAUGGAGCCACAGCAACAGCCAAUAAACCUGUCCCAGGCACACCUUAACAGUCAACAACAACAACAACAACAGCUACCUGUGACAUCUGCUCAGCCUUCUCCAGCAGCCCAUGUGUCCCCACUCUCAGCUCCUUCACACACUCACUGCCACACCCAACCUCCAGGCCCUUCUGCCCCAACCAGUGGUUUACCCAUUCCAGGGGUUCUUCCUGCCUUCCCUCCACCAGGUGUCAUACACAGGGAGAGUGAGACUGAGGCAGAGAGGCUGCAUCGGCAGCAGGAGCAGCUUCUACAGAUGGAGAGGGAGCGUGUGGAGCUAGAGAAACUCCGGCAACUGCGCAUGCAGGAAGAGCUGGAUCGAGAAAGGAUAGAGCUAAAGCUGCACAGGGAGAAGGAGCAGAUACUGGUGCAGAGAGAGUUACAAGAACUGCAGAACAUCAAGGAACAGAACAAGCGGUUGAAAAUCUUUCAAGUUAACUCUGUUAAACAGGUUCUACAACAGCAGCAACAAGAACGUGAGAAACAACUUGUGCUCCAGAGGGAGCAGCUUGCCCAGCAGAAGUCCCAGCUAGACCAGAUCCAGUCUUUACAGCAGCAGCUCCAGCAGCAGCUUGUAGAGCAGAAGAGGCAGAAAGCAGCUGCUGCAGCUCAGAGCAUGCAGCUGGAUAUGAAUGGACAGCCCAUGCAGCCCUACAUCAACUCUCAGACGGGUUCUUAUUCCCUCCCCAACUCCUCAUCAGAAAUAUGUCUGAGGAGCCAGGAGGAGCACAUGGAGGCCAGGAGCAACAUGAGGAAACACAGCUCCUUGACAAGGCUGAGCAGGGACAGCUUGGACGGAGAUGGUGCAGAGUUUUACAGCUCACCCCGCAGGAUCUUGGACAGCUGUGUGCAGACAGAUGAUGAAGAUGGGGUGGAGAGGUACAUGAUGCGUCAUCGCACCAGGAGGCGUGGUCGCAGUGUUGACUGCUCCGUGCAGACAGAUGAUGACGAGGACACAGUUGAGAUGGAGCAGCCGGUCCGCCGAAGACGUUCCCGUCUUUCCCGGCAUUCUGAAUCCAGUGCCACUGGCAGUAGCACUGUUGCCACGACCACCGCAACAACUGACACUAAAACCGACACUCCCAAGAUGGUAUCCUCCAGUAUAGCAAUCCAGACCAUCAGGGAAAUGUCCUGCCAGACAGAAGUGGAGCACCUAGGAAGAGUUUCCCCAGCAAUCCAUGUGACAGCAUCAGACCCAAAUAAAGUAGAGAUUGUGCACUACAUCUCUGGACCUGAGCGGACACAAAAAGGACAGUCUCUAGCAUGCCAGACUGACCAAGAAGCCCAGUCCCAGGGCCUUGUAGCCCCCCAGCACGUUCCAUUUUCUUCCUCUAUAAGUACCAGAAUGCAACAAUCCGGUUCUGCCGACCUCAUAACCCAGCAGCGCCAACAGCAACACAUUACAACAAACGCAGCGAAGUUUGAGCGACGCCACCCAGACCCACUCGACAUCAACUACCAACCUCACAGCCACCUCCAUAAUGAGUCAAUCUCCAGCAUCAUUCGGCUGCAGCAGACAGCCCCAAAAUCCCCACAAGUCCUCUAUUCUCCUGUCUCCCCAGUGUCCCCUCACCGCCUGCUGGAGACUUCUCUGUCCAGUGAAAGGUUGAACAAGGCCCAUGUCACACCUCAGCAGAAGUCCUACACAGCUGAGUCCCCCCACCGACACCCCUCUAUGCCCCGACCCAUCAAGAGCACCCAAAGGUCCAUGUCAGACCCCAAGCCCCUCAGCCCAACCACAGACGAGCACACCAAGGCUAGACUGUCCCUCUAUCAACAACAAGCCCUCCAGAGCCAGCUGGCAUCUCUACAGCAAAGCUCACUGCUACGGAAGGUCAAGCGAACCCUGCCCAGCCCUCCUCCGGAUGAGAUUAUCACAUCAGCUCACCUGCCCAUGAUGACGACCAGCCUACCUGAGGGCUACCUGCCCUCUUUGCCCAGCCUCAAGCCCAGCUCCAGGUCUGGCCUGGCUGCCAAAGCCAGCCUCCUCAAAGACCUUACCCAUGAACUUAAGGCCGUGGAGCAAGAGUCAACUAAACUGAGAAAGCAGCAAGCUGAACUGGAGGAGGAAGAGAAAGAGAUUGAUGCUAAACUCAGAUACCUAGAGCUGGGGAUCCACCAAAGGAAAGAGACAUUGGUCAAGGAAAGGGAGAGGAGGGAUAUUGCCUACCUGAGGUGCAUGGGUGACACCAGGGACUAUAUGUCUGAUAGUGAGUUGAAUAACCUACGGUUAGCCACUGCAGCCACAUCACAUGAGACCAAUGGGCUACUGUCAGCAAGGCCAAACACUGCCCCUCUCAGCCAGUUCACCAGUGAUCUCAACACAGCAGCCCAGUACCCACCCACCUCGUCAUUCCUCUCCUGUCAAUACCCCCCGAGCCAACCGGCAGCAUCAACUCAGCAAUCAAGUUUGCCGUACAAGUCUUCAACAUUCAACCAGCCUCCCUAUCCAACAGUCUCUCAGUCCCAGGCAUUGCCACAGCCUACACCCCUCCAGAGCCAUGUCCAUCCUCCGGGACCAGUCUCUUACCAGUCUCAAACCAACUACCCUUCCUACACCUAUCCCCAAACUCAGCUCCCAUACCCCCAGACAGACAUGGGGUUACCUGUUCCACUUCAACCUCAACGUCAGCCAGGGCAUACAGGUUUUGGGCCUGCACCACCCGGUCAGCCUCCAUACCCCACCCACAGCUCACCCUAUCCCAGCACAGUUUCUUCAUACCCCAGCCAGACCACCCCAUACCUUGGUCAGUCCCAAGCUGAUAUCCUGACAGUCCACCCGGGAAGACCAAGGCAGACUAUGCUAGCUGAUCUGGACCACAAGAUGCCCACCAACUACGAGACAAUCAGCAACCCCACAGUUAUGGUCACCACCACAGCCCAGGACACUACCUAUUCCAGUGCAGCUCCUUAUGGUCAGUACACUGGAUCGACAACCAUGGUCAGCUCUUAUGGGACCUAUGGCUCAGCACCAGUGUCUAACAGCUAUGGUGGAUACUCUGCCAUGCAACCAAGCACUUACGGCCAGUAUACUUCAACCUCAGCUAAUUCAUAUGGCCAGUACACAACAACUACUGCCAAUACUUAUGGCUACACCGCCACCACAGCCAGUUCUUACGGACAGUACUCUUCUGCAGUUUCUUAUGCCUAUGGGCACUCUGUAGACAGUCCUUCCACCUAUAGCACUGCAGAUGGGGUGUAUGGGGCUCCUGACUUAGAUCAAAACAUCCCAAGGAACUACAUGAUGAUUGAUGACGUAAGCGAGCUGACCACAAAAGAUGGGCUGGGCACGACGACAGGGAACAUGAUGCAUUACAGCGGCAGUGGGCGCUACCCAGGCGACGUCCAUGGCCAUAGCAACACCACUGGCAGCACAGCGCGUGGGGGAACUGGCAGCUCCUCGUAUGGCAGGACACCUGAAGAGGAAGCAGUGAUGCAGGAAGAGCUGUACGACCACCAUGGCAGGGGUAAGAGCAGCUACAGGCACGGACCUCUAGGGGGCAGCAGCAGCAGCGUGAGCGCUAGCAUGGGUGGGGGAUCCCCCUUUUAUUCUGACUAUGACUACAAACAUGGCAGCAUCUGCUCAAGGUUACAGAAACCUAUGUCCUCCAGAAGCCCUCUGGCUCCUGCUGUAAUGUCCUCGAAGCGCAGCAAGCACAGAAAACUGGGGAUUAUGGAGCAAAAGAUUUCCAAGUUUUCCCCCAUUGAGGAGGCUCGGGAUGUGGAGGCAGACUUGGCCUCCUAUUCCUCAGCGAAAGGUGGGGUUUACCCCUCCUCUCACAUUCGAGGGCGCCAGCUGAUUGAGGAUUACGGCUUUAAGAGGAGUGCUUAUGAGGUCUGCAGUGGCACCACUCAUGGUAGUCGAUACAAUUCAAUGGUGGCGGAGGACGAUCAGAUUUACUACACUUCCACCGGCCGCUCCCGUUCCACCGGCCACGGCAUGGACAAGAUUUCAGCCAGGGACUACCCUGGGUAUCGCAGUCGAUCCUAUGAGAGGGAUGACCGUUCUUACCGAUCUGGCUACAGCCGGGGGCGCCAUCCAACCCAGCAGUUCUCAGAAGAGGAGAGCCCACUCAGUCCUCUGGGGAGAUUCAUGGGUUCUGGGCGAUCAUCAAGCUUAGAUCCUAACCCAUACGACAGUCGCAGCAGUAGAUAUCACUACUAUUAUGGCCAUUAUGGUUCCAGCCACUCGCUGCCAGAUGUACAAGACCGUAUACGGGAUCUUCCCCGGACACAUGUCUACAAAUCGGAUGAUACAUACAUUAUAGACGAUUAUCAUUGUGCUGUGUCAGACAGCGAAGCCUACCAUCUGGGCCAAGAAGAAACUGACUGGUUUGAGAAGCCACGCUCCAGUUUUCGACACUACGGCAGCAGCCACUCGUCUGGGAGGAGUCGGCAUGGUGUCAAACAUACCUACCAUGAUUACGAUGACCCUCCUGAGGAGGACCUGUGGCCCCAGGAUGAAUUCAGCCAUGGAGGGCGACAAUCUUCAUCCCGUGACCACAGACACCAUGGCAGCUCUAGCCGACAUUCGUCAUCGUUGCGUCAUGCAGAUGAGCCGAGGUCCUCAAGGUCAUCAAAAGGGCAUCCCAAAGACCCGUCAAUGCGCCAUGAGACUUCAGGACGAACCUUGUCUUCGGGAAGGCGUGGUGAGUCAAGGUCUGGAGGGUACCACUCUUUGGACUACUCCCGGGAUCCGUCUGGGCACCACCACGGCCAUCGCUCCUCCAGACAGGGGGACCAACAACGUUCCUCACGCAGCAAGUUCCAGCAGCCAGGAGACAUGCAGGGCCAACCACCAGGCUCCUCCAGGUCUGGCAGCAGCUCUGCCCGGGCUCAGGGCCCUGCUGGUGGACCGACGGGAUCAGUGCGGCAGACAGAUGGGGCUCCAGGACAGAGGACCCAGCUCCAACAACAACCCCAGACAUCAGCGGCCAGGCCAGGGCAGCCUGGUGCUGCAGCGACCACUGGCCCUCAGCAGCAGACCCAACUCCAGGGACAAGGUGUGGGCAUAGGGCAGGGCCAGGCUAAGCCAGGGCAAAUGGGACCAGCAGGUGGACCAAUGGGACAGGGCAGGCAGACAGGUCCGGCAGGAACCACGGCAGCCACAAUGGCUAAGAUCGACACGCCUCCAGUAACAGCUAUUGGAGCAAAGGCAGUGCCUGCCAUGGCCACAAAAGCGGCCCAGUCCCCUCUAACAGGCAUAGGCUCCAAAGCAGCUCCUAGGCCAGGAGGCAGUGCAGCAGCAGGUCAGCCUGGUAUGGAGGGAGACAGCAUGUUGUCCAAGAUCCUGCCUGGAGGAGCCGCUGAGCAGGCUGGCAAACUGGGAGAAGCUAUCUCCGGCAUUGGCAAGAAGUUCACCUCUUUCUUCUGAGGUGAUCAUUCCAAGACAGUAUCCAUCAUCAGAAGGACUACCCUCCUUCCAGCAUCACCUGCCAGAGAAUUAGACUCCACCAAACAACCACGGAGCCCUACAAACAACCUGUCACAGUUAGGCACAUCACUGUCCCUUCAUUUCAAAAGAGCAACUGGCAGCCAAAACUACAAAAUUCAAAGAAAGAGGUUUUUGCUGCUCUUCCUCCAUGCCAGUAGAGGGUGCUCUACUUACAUCACUGGAGAGCUACACAGCUGUUGCAGACUGGUGAAAACAAUGGAGGCCAUGUACCACCUCAUCCUUAGUUCAGUGCUGAAGCUUCAAGUGAAGGAACUCUACUACUCCCAUAUGCUGACGACUUUACCAUUUAUAUGAGAGCUGCUUUGUACAGGAAAUAGGAGCUUUAACACAUGCAUGGCGUGACUCUAUUAUCCUUGGUUUCAGAGUCCUGUGCUCAAACUAGGAGCAACAGCAACAAACCAACCUCUCUCCUCUUUUCUAUCUCUUCUCAAAGUUAAAAAAAAAAGAGUCAGGGAAAUGGAAUACAACUCACUGAAGUACUGCAGAUUUUUCUGGUACUAAAGACCUCUUACAUCACCUGUUGGGAAGGAAAUAAUGGAAAUGUCCUGUUGAAUGAAUAAGACAACAGUAACGACGUAGCCGACAUAUAGAGAACAAGUUUGUCGACAUGCGUUUUUUCCACGGUUUGCUCUGUUUCUAAUUGUUACAUUCCAGAUUGCUUCCCCUCUCUGCAUUUCUUGAAUGCUGAUUCUUCUUUUUUUCUAAUCUCCACCCAGUGGUCCUCAACUUGCCAUGUCUUUAGAAGUGUAUAGUGGAUUAAAAAUAUGUAGGAAUUUGAAAUGCAUGGAACUUUAUAUUUAAGACCUUACACUGUUCAUCAUUACUUAAGAGACCACAAAACACUGGGAAACACAUCUUAGGUAGAUUAUGUAAACAAUAACAGAGAAGAGAGAUUUCCAGAGCAACAUACAGGAAUCCGGUCAUGUGAGUAAGAGGAGCCUUCUGUUUUUUAAGGGAAACAUUUUUUUUGAUUUUCGGUGUGAAUCCGUAUGUGGUUUGAUUGUUUUUCAGCCACUAAAAAGCCAUUAAGACAACAUUUACCUGCAGUGCUUGUGGUGAUGGGGUUUCUCCAACUGUGUUUGGCUUUCAGAUGUUUCUGAUGUUAUUGUAGGUGGUUUCAUUUCUUGUUUUCUUUUAAUUUUUUUCUAAUUUAGUUUUGUUAUUUGCCUGGUUUUCAUGUUGGAGGUUACCAAUAUCGCCUUAAUCAUUUAAAAAUAUUUUCUUUUGAAGAAAAACUGGCAUAUUUUUAUUACACCAUGUGAAGACAUAUUUUCGUCAUAUGCUUUUUUAUGUAGUAAUAUCGGCUGGAACAGCGGCCACAGUGAGAUUAAUUUAUAUUUUUUUAAUUUGGUUUUGAUAAUUAUUUAAUUAUUUUGUGUUUUGUUAAAUUUUAUAUUUUGUUACCCUUAUUAAGCCCGUGUAUAUUGUCUGACUCUUUAUUUAUUAUCAGUACUUGUAAAAGCAAUAGAGUAAGAGCUAAGAAAGUAAAGAGCACAAUCUUGUGUAAUUUUAAAAGUUGGUGGGAUUGAAAUAUGUUACCUACGUCUAUCUACCUUACCACGCUCAAGUCUGACUUAAACUUACUACAAAAUGUAGUCAAUAUUGUACACUGCUACUAAUACAUUAGAGAGCAGGAGUUCACCGAUAAACAACAGUUUGGUACCACUCAGAUCUUCUCCACCAACCAAUAGUAAGACAUCAUGUCUUCAACCAGCCAGUCAGUGGAUCAGAGUGAGACGCUGCCCGUAUUAGUCAGCUGGAGUCUGAUCUGAAAGCACUGCAGGGCAGCAGAGAGGCACUGAAAAGCAGACUAGUCACACAUCGCAGCAGAAUUUGCCUACUUGUCACCUGCAGGGUUUGUGUUUCUAUGUGAUUCUUUUGACCCUCAAAGAUGGACAUUUAUUGGGAGUCUGCAAAAAACUCCUUGCACAUUUGUGUGCAUCAACAAAAGUCUUCACUCUGUCAAAUGUGCAUAGCCUACGUGAAAGCACACUCGAAAAUGGUCUCAAAAGGAAAAAGAAUUCAGCUCUUUUGGAACUUUUCAUUUCCGUGUCCAGACCUGUAACCCAACUCCCAAAAACCUCUUUCUCAAACUGUCAGUUGUCAUGGAAACUUCUCAGGUCAGUGUUCUCCCUGCUGUUGCUCCUGCAGUGCAUUGUGGGAUCUGUGGUUCAGUACUUAAUAGGUACUCUGUUGGGCCAAACAUUGCAAGGCCUUCAAAAAAAACAAUGAACCAA